GAGAGAAAUGCUAAUAGUGCUCCAACUGUUUCAGAUGGAUUUUGCAAGAAAACUAAGCUUUCUGGUGUUUGUACUGUGUGUAUUGAUCUCUCUGAAGAACCGAGGUGCUGAAACAAACAGGGUUUCAUUGGAUAUGGAUUUGAUUUCCACAGUUUCAUCUUCGUAUGGGUCGAUUUUCUUGUCGUCCAAGCUCGAAGAGUCUGGCAAGAACCGAUCGCUUGAAUAUGAUUUCUACCGCGAAUCGUGUCCACACGCCGAGAAAAUCAUCCGAUCAAUGGUUCAUAUUCUCCACAAAGUACGGUCUGAUGUCGCUCCUGCACUGUUGCGUCUGGUUUUCCAUGAUUGCUUCGUUGGGGGAUGUGAUGCCUCUAUUUUGUUGGACGCUGCUGAUGGAGUAGACAGCGAGAAAGACUCUCCUCCUAACGAAUCCCUGAAGGGUUUUGAUCUGGUUGACAUCAUCAAAUCAGAGGUCGAAAAAGCAUGCCCUGGAAUAGUUUCUUGUGCAGAUAUUAUUGUUUUGGCUGCUAGAGAAGGUGUUGUUCUGGGUGGUGGGCCAUUCUACCCUCUCAAUACUGGUAGGAGAGACAGCACUCGUUCUUUCUCAAAAAUGGCAACGAAAGAGCUUCCUAGUCCCCAUGAUGAUCUCUCCAGAAUUAUUGAAUCAUUUGCAUCCAGGGGAUUCCAUGAGAGAGAGACUGUCAGUCUCUUAGGUGCUCACAGUUUCGGGAUGAUUCACUGCAAAUUCUUCCUCAACCGGCUCUACAACUUUAAUGGGACUGGUAAACCCGACCCAUCUGUAGAUAUUGAAUUCCUCGAAGUCCUGAGGUCGAGAUGCAACAAUAGCCACAUCCCAUCAUCACCAUCAGCGUCACCAUCAUCAACACCAUCAGCAUUGCCAUCAUCAACACCAUCAGCAUCACCAUCAGUGUCACCAUCAGUAUCGCCAUCUUCUGUGAAUGGCUCAACAUUUUCCUCCAGCCUGGUGGACCAAGCAAUGAAUAUGGACUAUGAGGGACGAGGAUCAGGUUUUGGCAUGCUAUACUACCGCAGUCUUUUGCAGGGUAGAGGAAUCCUCUAUGCUGACCAGCAACUAACAGCAGGGCAAGAAACUGAAACUUGGGUCAGAACAUAUGCCUCAGACCUUCCUUUGUUUCGACGGGACUUUGCUAAGGCAAUGAUGAAGCUCUCUGAACUCCAAGUACUGACUCCACCAAUGGGCCAGGUUCGGCUCAAUUGUUCGAAGGUGACCUGAGAAAUGCAGUGGGGCUACACCACUUAUUCAGCCCAUCUCAAGUUAGAUAUGUGUGCCUUUUCAAUGGCAUAUUCACUGCUCCCCUCUCUGUAAUAAGCAAAAACAUGUUGGCACUUGU